AUGGUUCUUGACACGGUGGCCAACUUUGGGUACUUGUUACACAUUUUCGUCGUUGGGGUUCAAAUUGACACAACUAUUUUAAAAAGUGUGCAUAGGCACAUGGUGCUCAUGGGUUGCAUGUCCUUUAUGCUACCUUAUGCAGUUUGCUUGUUGUGCUUAAUGCCUUUGUCUAAUAUAGUCGAGAUGGAUGAGAUUACGUUCCAUACUCUGCCUUUCGUUGCUGCUUUAACUUCAAUGACAACAUUUCCGGCGGUCACCAGCACUCUGUCAGACUUAAACUUGUUGAAUUCAGAUCUUGGCAGAUUAUGUUGCAGCACGGCUUUGGUUACUGAUGUCUUCAGUUACGUUAUUGCUUUAGCGUUGAAUACUAUUGGUGUAGCUUUAGAAAGACAAGAGUGGAAGCCGUUGAAGAAUGUUUUAUAUAUCAUUUGUUUUUUGAUAUCCAUGGUUUACGUACUUCGCCCAUUUGUGUUGUGGAUGGCCAAAAGGGUUCCUGAAGGUCAACAGAUAAAGGAAAGUCAAUUUGUUGCAGUGCUUGCAGCAGUAUUAGUUUGUGGGUUUUUAUCCGAAUGCUUAGGACAAAAUGCUUCUUUCGGUGGUUUCACAAUGGGCAUAUGUGUGCCUGAUGGGCCACCUUUUGGUUUGGCUUUGGUGAACCGAAUAGACUGGAUGGCUUCUAACAUUUUGGUUCCUGCCAAAUUUGCAAUCAGUGCAUUCAAAGUGAAUUUGAAGUCACUUGGAGGUGAUCAUGUGUUUGCUGCUUUGAUCACUGAGGCUAUCAUUAUUUUAGCAUACUUGGCUAAGUUCACAUGUAACUUUCUUUUAGCCAUGUAUUUCAGUGUGCCGCUACAGGAUGCAUUUCAUUUUGCUAUGAUUAUGUGCACCAAAGGCAUUAUUGACGUCUCUACCUUUUCCCUUAUACGAGCUAACGAGGUGGUAACGGAUCAAGCAUACUCGCUACUCAUACUGAACAUGCUAUUAGUAACAGGAUGUACAAGGUUUCUUCUAUGGCAUUUCUAUGAUCCAUCAACAAGAUACAAAGCAUACAAGCGAAACAGCAUCUUAGAAUGUGAACCAGGCGAUUUCCUCAGAAUGGUGGUUUGCAUUCACAAUGAAGACAAUGUCCCAUCCAUCAUAAACCUUUUGGAAGCGUCAAAUCCCACAACACAUCAACGUAUUGAAGUUAUCACAAUGAACUUAGAACAGCUUGAAGGUCGAUCAUCUGCUAUUUUAAUACCGAGUUCAGAAGUUGAAAAGAUCCCUUCAGCCCAAAGUCGAGUGUUACAGACUGGGAAUGCUUUCAAAUACUUCAUGGAACGUAAUUACAAUUCCGUUUUGGUUGAACACUUCGUUGCCAUGGCACCAUAUCGAACCAUGCAUGAAGACAUCUUCACUAUUGCUAUUAACAAAUGUGCUAAUAUUGUUAUUGUCCCGUUUCACAAGCGUUGGGCUAUUGAUGGAAGUAUCGAUGCCACAUUUCCUGGAAUUAGAUCAGUCAACUUAAAAAUCAUGGAGAAAACCCCUUGUUCUAUUGGUAUACUUGUUGACAGGGGACAAAUUGGAGGACCUCAAUCCGUGUUAACUGGGCGAACCAAGGUGUUCCAUAUAACCCAACUUUUUCUUGGAGGUGCAGACGAUAGAGAGGCACUUGCAUACAGUUGUAGGAUGGCACAACACUAUCACACGAGUCUAUUACUAGUUUUACUAAGGCCAAAGCACACAGACGUUGAGCUGACACCCAAACUGCAUGAUAAAAGAUUGGAUAAAGAGAUGAUUGAUCGAUUUAGGAUGGAAUGCAAGGGACGAGAUGUUUACAUUCAAGAAGAGGUGGCAAAAGAUGCAUUAGAAACGAUACAGUUAGUAAGGGCCAUGGAUAAAAACUGUGAUUUGUUUAUAGUUGGUCGCGAACAUGGUUAUGCUUAUUCUCAGUUAACGUAUGGACUAUCAGAAUGCGCACAAUGCCCUGAGUUAGGGGGGAUUGGUGACUUGUUAGCUACAGCAGAGUUUAGUUUUUCUGUUCUAGUUGUGCAACAGCAGCCCAUGGAAAGAGUUGAAUUAGACGAUUCACAGUUUGGAUGGAAAUGA